AUGCUUGCAAAAGAUAACAUUGCACGAUAUACUACUGUUACAAGAAUUGUUUUAAAUGUUUUAUACACAUCAGAGUUAUUUAUCACUCUUCUUUUAUCAGCAAAAGGUUGGUGUGUGUACAGAGUUUCUCUUUCUAUCAAAGAAGUUUUUUUCUCAAUAUUUUACGGAAUUUGUUACACUGCGUUCAAUUGCAUCAUCACAUUUGCAAAUCUAAAGUCAGCAGAUGCAGUUCUAUCUAUCAUUGCGUUAAUAACUAUCGCGCUUUUCAUCAGAGAAUUAAUUGUAAGUAUAAAUCACUCAAAGAUACAUUUUCUUGCAUAUUUAUACGUUAUAUCUGAAGCAGGAAUAAACCCAGAGUCCACACCCAUAUAUGCAAAGUACAGAGCGUUCAUUUACCUGAAAUUUUCAGUGAUUGUUUGCUGUGUCUUUGUUAUUGCACGAAUCGUUGUCACCAUAUUCGUUAAUGUCCUAUUUUGGGUGAAACAAUUCGUUUUGGACAUUGUUUUAGUGUUAAUGGUUUCAUUUCUUUGUUUUAUCUUCAGAUUGAAGUCUGAAAAGUCGGAAGAUCAGUACCAAAUGAUCGAAGAGCAUGAUGUAGAAGGCAGUUCGCCGAAGAACAUCCCGAUUUCUGAAAUUAGAAAAAUUAAUAUUACGGAUUUGACUCAUAAAGCAGGAGUUGACUGGUCACAAGGCAUGAAACUCCCUGCAUCUCCUAAUAUUCUAGACGAUAGCACUUUGAAAGGGCGUCCUCUCCCUCAAGAUGAGUUAUCAAUUUAA